CCGGUCUUGCACCCGCUGUCUCGUCGUUGUUAUGCGCUCAUGACCUUCUUUUUCACAGGAUGCAAGAGAAAAGUACCAGUCGAGCGUGGACACAGGAAGAGGACGAUCUCUUGGUGCAAGUCAUGAACCGCAAUGGCGGUUUUGAAAACUGGAAGGAAGUUGCUACCCUCAUUCCCGGAAGAACGAACAAGGCCUGUAGGAAGCGAUGGCUACAUUCCCUUUGCCCCGAUCUUAGGAAAUCCGCCUGGACACCCAAGGAGGACGCGCUCCUGGUGGCUCUGCACAAAAGGCACAAGAAUAAAUGGUCAACUAUUGCUCGAUUUAUCCCUGGUCGGACAGACGAUGCAUGUUCCAAGCGGUUUCGAGAAGCAUUGGAUCCUAGGCUAAAGAAGGAUCCAUGGACGCACGCAGAGGAUACCAAACUCUUGCAGCUGUAUAGUCGGUUAGGCCCCAAGUGGAAAGAGGUCGGCGAAGAGAUGCAGCGUAGUGGUUUAGGGUGUCGUAACAGAUUGAGACUUCUUGAACGAAGAGCUUCGGCUCGUGUGCAUCGGGAAGAGUCGUCACCAGACAGCGUUCAUAGCUCUGACGUCGACGUUGGAGAGCCAAAUACAGAUUCUGCCGUCUCCUCGACCCUCACUCCAGACCCUUCCUCCUCUGCGCCAGACCGUCACUCUUCCCUCCGGGAACCUCCGCUAUUGUUUCCUCCACUUCAAGCCCAUGAUUUUACUAUAACCGAGGAUCCCCUGGCGUUCACCGACUCAAUGAUCUUCAAUCCUCACUCUAUACCUUUCGAGAACGCCCCUUUGCAAUACAGCAUCCACACCGCAUCAUCUACUGGUGAUGCGCAGCAUCUUGUCCCUUCACAAGGUGACUCGAUUCUUAGGGACAUGGAAUUACCCCAAUCCCAGGAUUACUCUUCACUGUUCUCACCCUACAAUGAUUUUGCGACCUUCGGAGACUUUUUCAUGAACACUCCGUACCCGGAUAGUGAUGCCUCUCCUAACUUGGCUGUCCUUGACCUUAAGUCCCCACACUCCUCACGCUCCUCUCCCAUGCCCGAGGGAAAUGGAGUGACUUCUCAGCAUGACCUGGAGUUGUUUUUCUACCUCCCGACGUUUACGGAUCCUAUAAUUCAAUGGUCCCCCAGUGUACCUUUGGAUGACAAUCUGGUAUCCUCGGGUUUAGUUGACCAAACUGCAUCCAUCUCGAUUACUUCAAGUAUUGAUAUGCCGGCGCACAACCUGGUCAAUCCUGAUUCACCUACGAUGCCUCUCUCCCCAUCUCGGCACUAUCGCCAUUCAGCAACGCGAACUAGACCCAGAAGGAGGACGCCGCCGUCUAAUGACACCCGAGUUUCUUCCGUGAGGCCGGCCGCAUCUGAUCCAAACAUCCUUCCUUAUGCCUGUGGUUACCAUAAUUGUUGGCCACGAGAACGGUUUGCCACCUCGAGAGAAUUAUUGUAUCAUAGUAAAACCCACGAGCAUGAGGACGAGGUGUCGGACGACGGCACAGACCGACUUUUCAGAUGCGCGUUGGAAGGAUGUGGGAAAUCUUGGAAGAGUAUAAAUGGCCUUCAAUACCAUCUUCAAGUAUCUCCCGCACAUUUUAUACAGGCUUUGUCUUCCAAGCUACAGGCUACUACGAACGCCGUCUUGAGCGAAUCAGAAUCCUUCCGCUGUCCCAAGCCUGGAUGUCAUAAGGCUUACAAGCAACACGGCGGUUUACGAUAUCACUUGAAGCAUGGCCAUCCAAAGCGAACACCUGAGCAACUCACUGAUGUCCCACAUACUGUGGGAAAACCGAGACGACUACGUCAAAGGAAAGAAAGGAUAGAAGGAGUCCCCCGAUCAAUCGUCGAGCCCGGAGCGAGCAUGAAGUAGAUGACGAUGAAAGUAGAAUGUAGUUAGCUUCAUAGUAAUUUGCAAGCUGCAUCAUUAGGAGGGUUGAUGGAAGCGUUUGAGACAUUGUGGAUCGAAUUUCAAGGACAUCUCGAUAUGUAGCCAGCACCGCUUGCAUACGCCAAGCAACAAAUGAUGCUGUGAACUUCUGUCACUCAUUUACUCUGAAUAGUAGCUAAUUCUCAAC